CGAGGACUCAGACUCCUCCAGGACCAGCUCCGGGACCGGCUCCGAGACCGCUUCCAGGACCAGCUCCGGGCCGUGCCGGACUCGGGAUUAACCGGCGGAUUCCCCCGCGGAGCCGUGUGGAAGUGUUCGCGCCCGGCGCGUGCUGCUGGAGGCCGCGGCUCCGCGCCGCUGUCCCCGCCGCUGUCCCCGCCGCUGUCCCCGGCAGCCCGGGCUCGGAUCCCGCCGCCCCGCAGCCCGCCGGGCGGCGGAGGCUCCGGGCGGCGAGGCUCCGGGACUGGAUGGCCGCAGCCCGCGCAGGAGCGCCGGGUCUCGCGUUCCGCAGCGGACCGCGUGGAGCGGAGCGGAGCGGCCGUCUCACCGCAGCCUGCAGCGGGCUGCCGGGCUCCGGAGCGCCGCGGCGCUGAAGCCGCCUGCAGCAGUGCCAUGACUCCGCCUGGACGGCAGCUGCUCCCCACAUAGAGGUCCCCCCACCUCUGUCUCCGCCCGCUUCGGCCCAGAGGAUGCUGGGAAUGUGUCGCGGGCGCAGGAAGUUCCUGGUGGCCUCGCUCGCCCUGCUCUUCAUCCCGGCGCUCACCUGGCUCUACCUGUCGGUCGGGAGCUUUCAAGUGAAGCCCCUCCCCCUGUCUCCGCUGGAAGCCCAGUCCUCCACGCCUCCGGGCGGCGCCGGCGAGCGGCAGGCGCUGGAGCUGCGGGUGCGGGCGGUGGAGGAGGAGAACCGGGCGCUGCGCCGGGAGCUGAGCCGGCCCCCCAGGAGCCCGGCGGCCCGCCUCCCCGCCGCCGGUCGCCAUGGAAACCACAGCCGCACCCACUCGGAGGAGGGGACGGGAGACAACGAGGGACAGAAGGCGGCGGCGGGAAAUGGCUCCGACUGCGUCCAGCAGCCGGCCGUGGACAAGUGUGAGACCAUCCACGUGGCCAUCGUGUGUGCCGGGUACAACGCCAGCCGGGACGUGGUGACGCUGGUCAAGUCCGUCCUCUUCCACAGGCGGAACCCGCUUCACUUCCACUUCAUCACCGACGCCAUCGCCCAGCAGAUCCUGUCCUCGCUGUUCCACACCUGGAUGGUCCCGGCGGUCCGGGUGGACUUCUACGACGCCGACGAGCUGAAGUCCGAAGUGUCGUGGAUCCCGAACAAGCACUACUCGGGGAUCUACGGGCUGAUGAAGCUGGUGCUCACCAAGACGCUGCCCUCCGACCUGCACCGGGUCAUCGUCCUGGACACCGACAUCACCUUCGCCACCGACAUCGCCGAGCUCUGGGCCGUCUUCCACAAGUUCAAAGGUCAGCAGGUCCUGGGCCUGGUGGAGAACCAGAGCGACUGGUACCUGGGGAACCUGUGGAAGAACCAUCGGCCGUGGCCGGCUCUGGGCAGAGGGUUCAACACAGGAGUGAUCCUGCUCCUGCUGGAUCGUCUCCGGAAGCUGAGGUGGGAGCAGAUGUGGAGGCUGACUGCAGAGAGGGAGCUGAUGAGCAUGCUGUCCACUUCACUGGCCGACCAGGACAUCUUCAACGCGGUGAUCAAGCAGAACCCCUUCCUGGUCCACCAGCUGCCCUGCUUCUGGAACGUCCAGCUGUCUGAUCACACCCGCUCCGAGAAAUGCUACAAGGACGUGUCCGACCUGAAGGUGAUCCACUGGAACUCCCCAAAGAAGCUGCGAGUGAAGAACAAGCACGUGGAGUUCUUCAGGAACCUCUACCUGACCUUCCUGGAGUACGACGGCAACCUGCUGCGGCGGGAGCUGUUCGGCUGUCCCAGCGAGGCCGACCACAACAGCGAGAACCUCCAGAAGACUCUGUCCGAGCUGGACGAGGACGAUCCCUGCUACGAGUUCCGUCGAGAGCGAUUCACCGUCCACAGAACGCACCUCUACUUCCUGCACUACGAGUACGAGCCCAGCUCCGACAACACGGACGUCACGCUGGUGGCCCAGCUGUCCAUGGACAGGCUCCAGAUGCUGGAGGCCAUCUGUAAGCACUGGGAGGGGCCGGUCAGCCUGGCGCUGUACCUGUCGGACGCCGAGGCGCAGCAGUUCCUGCGCUACGCCCAGGGCUCCGAGGUGCUGAUGAGCCGGGGCAACGUGGGCUACCACAUCGUCUACAAGGAGGGCCAGUUCUACCCCGUCAACCUGCUGCGCAACGUGGCCAUGCGGCAGGUCAACACGCCCUACAUGUUCCUGUCCGACAUCGACUUCCUGCCCAUGUACGGCCUGUACGAGUACCUGAGAAAGUCUGUGGUCCAGCUGGACAUGUCCAACACCAAGAAGGCUCUGGUGGUCCCGGCCUUCGAGACGCUGCGCUACCGUCUUUCUUAUCCCAAGUCCAAGGCGGAGCUGCUGUCCCAGCUGGACAUGGGGACGCUCUUCACCUUCAGGUACCACGUGUGGACUAAAGGCCACGCCCCCACCAACUUCGCCAAGUGGCGCACGGCCACCACGCCGUACCGCGUGCAGUGGGAGGCCGACUUCGAGCCCUACGUCAUGGUGAGGCGGGACAGUCCCGAGUACGACCGCCGCUUCGUGGGCUUCGGCUGGAACAAGGUGGCCCACAUCAUGGAGCUGGACGCCCAGGAGUACGAGUUCGUGGUCCUGCCGAACGCCUACAUGAUCCACAUGCCCCACGCGCCCAGCUUCGACAUCACCAAGUUCCGGUCCAACAAGCAGUACCGGGUCUGCCUCAAGACCCUGAAGGAGGAGUUCCAGCAGAACAUGUCGCGGCGCUACGGCUUCGCCGCGCUCAAGUACAUGACGGCCGAGAACAACAGCUAGCCUCCGCCGCGGCCGGACCCCGGCGCCCGGACCCGGACCGGGACCCGGACCCGGGUCCGCCGGACGCUGUCUGAACUCUGGACCUGGCCGUGGUCUUUCUGUCCGUCCUCUGUCCUCUGCUGGACGUCAGGACCCGCCGCCGUCUGAGCGGCCGGGCGAGACGGAGCGGCGGCUUCGCGGGACGGAAUGUCUGAAUGUGUGAAGCAGGAAGUGAAGCAUUGUGGGAGUUCGGCCCGUCUGCCGCGCGCUUCACCACGAGGAAAAGCCUUCAAGUGCCACCGAGAGACGGAAGCAGCAGCAGCAGCGUCCGACUGACCGCACACACACACACACACACACACACACACACACACACAC